UAGGGGGAGAGGCCGGGGUGGGAGGUGCGGUCGCCGUUGUUGCCGCCGCCGCCGCACCAGCCCUUCCGCCCGCAAAGUCCAGCUGCUGCAGCUGUCCCCGGGGUCCCCGCCUCCCCGCGCGUUUCCUUUCCUUGGCCGGCUUCCCGUUCCCUGCUCUCGGGCGGCCCAUGGAGCCAGGAGCUGCGGCGGCGGUGGGAACGGCGGGGGCCGUUGGGGCAGCGGCCAGCGCCGGCGCCCCUGCUGCAGCGGCAGCUGCGGCUGCGGGAGCCUCGGCGGCGGCGGUCAGUGCGAGCUACUGCCCGUUGCCCCUGCCCCUGAGUGACGGCGAGCAGCAGUGUUACUCCGAGCUCUUCGCGCGCUGCUGUUGCGCCCCGGCCACCUCUUCCUCCUUUUUCUCCUCCUCCUCCUCCUCCUCCUCCUCCUCCUCCUCCUCCUCCUCCUCCUCCUCCUCCUCCUCCUCCUCCUCCUCCUCCGCGGGACACCCUCAGCCCGCCGCUGAGCUGGGCAGGGGAGCCUCGCUCCCCGGACCUGCAGCCACCGCGGGGGCCAACCAAGUGGGAGAUCUGUUCAGGGCAUCGCAGCUGCCCGCCGAGACCCUUCACCAGAUCACAGAACUGUGUGGUGCAAAACGUGUGGGUUAUUUUGGUCUAACACAGUUUUAUGUUGCCCUGAAAUUAAUUGCUGCAGCCCAAUCUGGCCUUCCUGUACAAGUAGAGAGUAUUAAAUGUGAACUGCCUCUACCUCAAUUUAUGGCCCUGAAAAAUGAUGAAAUAAGAUACAGCAAUCCAACGGAGCUUCAUGGAAUGAAAUGUCAGAUUCCAUAUGUAACCAUGGAAAAGAAUUCCUUCAAGAGAGUGGAUGAUGGGGAGAAACAGCAGGAGAAAAUGUCACCCAUUAUGUCGCCAGUUAGCUCUCCUCCUUCUUCUCCGUCCAGUUACCAAAGGGUACCUUUGACCUAUGGUUAUGGCAAAUUGAGGAGUGGAAUGGAUCAGAUGCAUGCAGCUCCUUAUGAAACCAGACAACAUACCCUCCAACAGGAGGGAUCCACAUCAGGAAGCCAUGGACCCAAGCCUACACGACGGCAAACUUCUCUUAUUCAGUCCCUUUCUGUAGAACGGGAACCCCAGGAGAGCAACAGUAAUUAUCCAGAUGACCCGUGGAGAAUUACAGAAGAACAGCGAGAGUACUACAUCAAUCAAUUCAAAUCCCUUCAACCCGACCUAAGUUCCUUCAUUUCAGGUUCUUUGGCAAAGAACUUUUUCACCAAAUCCAAGUUGACCAUUCCAGAGCUUUCAUAUAUAUGGGAGCUCAGCGAUGUGGACUGUGAUGGAGCCCUGACACUGCCUGAAUUCUGUGCUGCCUUUCACCUCAUCGUAGCCAGGAAAAAUGGCUACCCACUGCCCGAAUCUCUGCCCCAAACCCUGCAGCCGGAUUAUCUACAGACAGCUUUUCUGAAGCCCAAAUGGGACUGUGCUUUAUUUGAUUCUUAUUCUGAGUCAAUGCCUGUAAACCAACAGCCCCGAGACUUGAAUCGAAUUGAGAAGAGUUCCAUUAAAGAGAAAACUGAUCUAACAGCGCCAGCCCAGGAUGUGAAUAUUGAUGACAAACAAGCAUUGAAAAUAAGCUCUGUGGAUGAAGCCAUGCCAAAGGACUUAUCUGUUGACACAGCUACUUCUAAGGACUUGAACACUCUCAAAGCAAGACCAAGAUCCAGAUCUUAUUCUAACACAUCUCUAGAAGAGGCCAUGAAAAGGGUCGAGGAACCUCCCACUCCCCCACCGAGACCACAGAAAUCCCAUUCCAGAACAUCCUCCUUGGAUCUGAAUAAAGUCUUCCAGCCAAAUGCUCCAGCCGCUAAACCAGGACUGUUACCUCCACCACCAGCUCUUCCCCCCAGACCUUUGAUGUCACAGGUUUUACACCAUAACACAAGCAAUGACUCCAUCAGCCAGACCAAACUUCCAGGUCAACUGCCAGGCUAUGGUGAUUUCAGACUUCUGGAGCAGGUUUUGCUUACACAAAUAGGAUGCGUAUGGUGGAAUUUCAGAGAACAAAUAAGGAAAGAUAAUGAUUUACAGACCAAAGAACAGAUUGCAGAAGAAAAAGAUCUUUGUCAGACAGAACAAGUAUCAGAGAUUGAAUUACAUCCUCAAUUGACCAGAACUCCAUCUCAGACUGAAGAAAGUGGAAGUCCUGUGAAAAAGGACCUGCCACAUACACAGCCACCAUCAAAGCCCAUUCGUCGAAAAUUCCGACCUGAAAAUCAAGUAAUGGAAAACCAAGAGCCUUCUUCUGUGAGUGGGACAUCUUCUGUGCCAACUGUGCCAACUGUGAAGCCACAUGCAUCAAUCCAAAAACAAUCUUCUAAGCAGAAGAAGGCAAUCCAGACGGCUAUUCGGAAAAACAAGGAGGCCAAUGCAGUGCUAGCCAGGUUGAAUAGUGAGCUCCAACAACAGCUAAAGGAAGUUCAUCAAGAACGAAUUGCUUUGGAAAAUCAAUUGGAACAGCUUCGCCCAGUCACAGUCUUGUGACCUUUGGGUGGGAAUAGGAGCAAUUGACCUCUGUGCCAAGGUCUUCCCUUUGCACUGUUGGAGCACAUCCUUUGGGAAAAGAUAUCUGAUUGAGUCAAAAGCAGGGAGAAGUGGAAUGCGGUCUGUAUCCUGUUCCUUCCCCACCCUCCUGACUCACUAGUCAUCCCUGUGUUUCUGUCUGUAGGUAGAAAAGUCCUUUAGCCAAUGGUUGAGAUUGUGGCUAAAGAGAAUGUUGAUCCAUUCUCAAAAUACUUCUUCAGGGUCUUCAAAGAUGGAAUUCGUCACCAAAAAUUAAUCCAAUUCCCUAGUCCUUCAAUAAAUUUAGUACAUUAUUUAUUUAAAGAA